GAUGGAACAUUCAAGCUGCUUCUGACGUUCAAUGAGUCCUAUCCCAACAAACCUGCCACCGUUCCCAAAUAUGCUCCAUCCGAACGUUUAUGCGAAUGGAGAGCUUUGCUUCAGAAUUGCUGGUCACCUACCCACAAUGUCGCUGUGGUACUAAUGAGCAUCCAA